UGGUGUCCGUUGGUUUUAGAAAGAGAACACCCCCUUACUUCGCUCUUCAAAAUAGUCUUUCAGGAAGUUGCAGAUAUAUUCCGCAUCAUAUGGAUAAAUUAUCUGAGGGAUGACGCGCGGUUUCAUUGCUUGUGGAGUUUGAACUAUUGUGUGUAGUCUGUAGCUAAGCUGCAACAGCUGAGAAGUGGCAGUGUACGUGCGUUGCUUCAAACCGCAGUUUGGCUUCCAUACCAGGAUUAAAGAAAAAACAAGUGGCUUUCCUCAACUGUACUUUGGGGUUGGACUUCUCCUUGUUCAGAGGUGCCAGGGCUGGUUCCAGUGUGCAAACUCUCAAGAAUGGAGACGGAUAAUAACACCCAUCAGGCGGUGGCAAAGGGUUUAUCGGUGGACAGUGAGUUGACUCUUGAGCCACUGAUAAUGUGCAAGCUGUGCCUUUGUGAAUACGCUCCUAGUAGAAUGACCACUCUGGAGCAGUGUAGCUGCGUCUUCUGUACCCUGUGCUUGACACAGUAUGUAGAACUAAUGAUCAGAGAAGGUUGUGGAACUACAGUCACAUGUCCAGAGCUGGAAUGCCCUAAAAAUGGUGUCUUACAGGAUGCAGAGAUUGCUUGUUUGGUUCCAGCUGAUCUGCUUCAGCUGUACCAGCAAUUGAAAUUUGAACGAGAAAUCCAUCUGGAUCCCUCCAGGACAAGGUGCCCCAGAGUUCAAUGUCAGGCGGUAUGCCACAUUGAUGCAGGUGACUCUCACCAGGCAGUGCCGGUUCAGUGCCCCUCCUGUUGCACAGAGUUCUGCUCCAUCUGCAAAGCCAGUUGGCAUCCCGGGCAAGGUUGUCAAAAGAGCCCACCUUUCAUGCUUUCAAAAGGAUCUGAUGACGGUUUUCUCAUCAGCCAUGACACAGAAGCUCCCAUCAAACAAUGUCCUGUAUGUCAUAUCCUGAUCGAACGAAAUGAAGGCUGUGCCCAAAUGAUGUGCAAAAAUUGCAAGCAUACCUUUUGCUGGUACUGCCUUCACAAUCUGGAUAAUGAUAUUUUCCUGAGGCACUAUGACAAAGGACCAUGCCGCAAUAGGCUUGGCCACUCCAGGGCUUCAGUCAUUUGGAACAGAACCCAGGUUGUAGGGAUCCUCUUUGGAUUAGGUCUGAUUGUACUGGUCACAUCUCCACUUCUACUUCUGGCCUCACCCUGCAUCCUCUGCUGUGUCUGCAAAACCUGUAGGAACAAGAGGAAACACAACCGUCCACCUUCUACUUAAACUGGAAAAGCUGCCCGAUCCCGACUUUCUCCGGUGACAAACUACCUCACUUCACCUACUUGUUGCUGCCGGUGAUGUGGCUGCUGGGUCAGUGCCGUGCAAGAAUGUUUUAUAGAGGAUUAAUCAGGACAGAGGUGAGGUUAGCAUAUAGUAACUGAAUCAAGCAAGCAAAAUGGAUUUAGUGGAUGCAUUUUGGCAAUAUUGCCCAAACUAUCUUUAAAAUCCAAACUUUUACAGCCUCUGUUGUUCAUAAUCUGAAGAUAAUUGUAUGUUUUCAGCUGUUUGUUGCUGUUUUUGUGUGAAAUUUUCACCAUUAGACCAACAGCCUGGCCACCAUGUCUGUUAUGAUUCAGGCUGACCACCUCAGGAUAGAAUAAAGUAUAGAAUUACAGUUUUGUCAGUUCCCUUGAAACUAUGUUGUUCGUGCCUGCAUCUUGUUAUUCUGUUUUUAAGAGAGCAUUAGGCUCCUCCUAACAUUUUGAGGUUUAAAGGCAUUGUGCAUGAGAUGAGGACCCAUAAUUUCUAACUACUUAGCCCACAUUCUGAUACCUGUUUUUCUGGAGUAUUGUUUAGGUUUCACUUUUUCCAUUUGGCAUUGCAAAUUAUAGCCUGGUACAAUCAAAAGGAUUAAGUUGCAUGAUAGGGUGAUAAGUUCAGUUCUGUUUUAUAUUCUUUCAAAGAGGCUAUAGGAAUGUGGCACAAGACAGUUCUCUUUGUUGCAACACUUGUAGUCUACAAGGAGUGGAAGGUGAGGCAGAAACAAUUUAUAUGGAAACAUGGAUUUUAAAGGAAGAUGUACAUUGUCUUAAAUUGAGCUAGAUGAUUUGCAUCAUGCCUCCAAAUUAAGGUAACUGCAUACAGUAAGACAUUCAUAUCAGCUAACAAUGAUAUCCUGGAAAUGCUUGACAGAUCAAUAGGGAGGACGAGGGGGAUAGAGAGUUAAAACUUCGGAUUUAGUUGUCUUGGGAUUUUGAUCAAUGAAAGUUUCAUUGACCUGAAAUGGUUAACUAUUUUGUUCUGAGUGUUUUCUGCUUUUAUAUCUGAUUUUCAGCAUUUUGACCAUUUUACUUGCAACAUUUGUGUUGAGAAUGCCAUCUUCAGAAAAAUGGGCUAUCUUUUAGGAAUUAUAUAAUAUCCAUAUAGUCCCUGGUUUUAGCGGCAGCUGAUGCUGGAUUUCGAUUGGUGCUUAAUUCAUGACAUGGAGUUUUACAGCAUAGAACAGAUUUUUAUGGCAAUUGCUUUCUGUGGGAUCUGUUCACUCUUUCCCAUCUCCCUCUUUCCCUAAGGAGGAAGGAUAAAUAAUGCCCAUUCUACUUCAGGAUUUUUUUUUUAGGUAAGGUGUUUGCAUCCUAUUAACACCUUCCACAUAUUAAUUUAUUUUGUUAAUAAAUAUUUCCCAUCUCCUUAUUAAUUUCAUUUCCCAAUAUUAUGAUUUGUAGAAUUCUCUCCCUUGCAUUCAGAUCUCUUCCAGACUUCACCUUUUUUUUUGUCCUAGAACUUCCAAAGCUCUGUACCCCUUUUUGGAGUUCUCCAUUCGACUCUGGGUUCUUUGUGCAUUAACCCCAAAUUUUGCUUAGUGUAUGUGGCUGCAAAGAGAGCUGUAUAGUUCACAAUUUAUGAAAUUUCCUCCCCAAACAUCUUUAUCUUCAUGUUUUUACUGCUCUUUCCUUUUUGAUGUGACUUGACGCUUAUCUCUGACUAGGCGCACAUGAUCUAAUGUCUCGGUUCACAAUUUUUGUCUGAAGUGCCGGUGAAACCCCAUAUUGUUGACAACACAAAGUACUGGUGUUAGGAAUGAGAAACGUGUCCCUCUACUGUCAUCUCUCAUAAUUAAAGCCUCUCUUCCCUCUAAUCAUCUAAUUAAUCUCUUAUUAAACCUUGACAACUCUAUUUUAAAUCUACCAUUCUUUUAAUUGUACUGUAACAAUUUGUUCAUCUAGCCUUUAACAGUUCCUAACAAACUCCUGUGUUUAUUUAAAAAAAAAGGACUUCUUGCUUUUAAAAUCUUAUCUGCUUCCAUGUAGAAACAUAAUUUAUAUUGAACACUUUCAGCAGAGUUGUCAGAAUGAGACUGAUUGAAGGUGAGAUUUUAGAGGGAGAAAGAUGUGAACAUUAUUGCAACCCUACACAAUAUCCAUUGACACUAAAAUUAAUUCCACUGACAGGGAAGUGAUUUAAAAAAUAAAAGGAAUAAAAUGGUCCCUGAAGUAAUCCUUCCAAAGUACAAAGCAUAGAGAUAACCAGAGACUGAAGAUUUCACCUACCUCACAGUGACAGCAGCUGUUACAGUGAGCUGAAGCAACCUGCAAUAUGAAACAAUGCUCUCUGAGGGAAAAGUUACCCUAAUCUAUCUGUGAUGUCCUGUUGGUGCUUGAAUCUACCAGUUUUCAGCCUUGUUUUCUGGCAAGACUUUGAGAACAGCUGUGCUUCAAUAAUGAUCCUGUGGAAAAGGAUGAUGAGAUCUGUCAUAUGCAAGAGGGAAUUACAAGGAAGUCUCAAAGUUCCUUUGCCUGUACUGACAAAUGUUGACUUUCUUUGUGCACAGAUAAAGGUUAUGAAUUUUUUUUAUAUGGUAAUAACUUUGGAUCAUGCUAUAAUGGCAGAUUCUGUCCUAGCAUAACAUUAAAUGUUAAAAUCAGCCAAGUACGUGUACAGAAUUGGCAUAGUAAAAAAAAAUGAGUGGAUGUUGAAUUUAAGGGUAACUUUUAAAAUGCCAUUUAAGGGUAAAUGCCAUUUAAGGGUAACUUUUAAAAUGAUUGUGUUCUGUAUGCAGAACUUUGUGCAGUGGGAAUAUUUAUGAAGAACUUGUUUGUUGAACACACUCUCCAGUUCUGCUUUUGGGCUUUUGGUUAGAAUUGUGCCAAAGUUUUCUCAACAAUGCUUGGAACAGUAAUACUGCAAAAUUUGAUCAUGACUGAUCAUUCGUUUUUGGGCAAGAGUCCAUUUUUUUUGGUCUGAUCACCUUCCAGUGAGCACUAGAUGCCUACUCACUGUCCUAAAGCACUUUGCAACCAGCUAUACAGUUCCGAAAUGUAGUUAUUGUGUGGGGAAAGAUAGCAGCCAUUUUAUGCCCAGCAGGAUCCCAUCAGCAGCAUUGUAACAAGAUGUAGGUCUGUUGAAGGGUAAACACUGUCCACAAUCCCAGACCUUCCAUUUGGAAAAGGAGAUCUUGAUGGACAGUUGGAGUGAAACAGCCCAUAGCAGUACAGAAAUCUGUACUGCAGCGGAAUGUCAGCCAAGGCGGUGCACUGCCAUUCCUGGAACAGGGCUUGAGCACAUGACAUGCCAACAGACAUAUUAAUUUUGCAAAAAUAUAUAUUUUUUUAAAAAAAGUGUCACACUUGUCACUAAAUCAGAACGUUAAGUCUGAUUCUGGGUUACGCAGUGAUUUUCAGUGAUGUUUUAUCUCUUGUAUUUAAGAUUUUUGCAUAUCAGAUGUGUAUUGACAGGGCUGCCUGCGCUGGAGUCCUGAGCACUAUCCUUACAAUUUGACUAGUUGUCAAGAUAGUCCGAUGAAGAUUUGGAGCAUAUAUUACAUUACAUGAAGACUUAUUUCCUAUAUGUCAUAAUGUCAAACAAACAAAUAACGUUCAACUUUCCAGGGACUGAACAACUUGCUUUUCUAAAACAAUGGCCCCACAGAUUUGAAUCUGAAUAGCUUUUGGGUCAAUGAUGUUCAGCCCUCCUGCACCAGAAGAAGUCAUUUCAAGGGCCAGUAAUAAACAAGGUACCGACCAGUUGUUAACUGAGAGCUUAUGUUAGGAUGUUUAGUUUUCUUACAGAGGGCUAUUGAUGUCUGGAGAGAACAGGGUGGAAAGUUGGCUGAAAGAAGAUUGCUGGACUCAUUUACGGAACAUCAUACUCUGUAGUCCAGGAUAAUGAAAUCCACUGAGCAGAAUGGUAUUACUUGGGGUGAUAUACACUAAGCAGUGAGACUGAGAUCUAGGGCCUUCAGGAAGCAGCCUGGCUGUAGCAAUAACAUUUGAAUAUUGUAUCAUUGUGGUUCAAAUCUCAAAUGCUACAUGCUUGAAACAAUCUACAGCCUGUGUUGCUUUGUACAAGGUACAUAAUUGAAGGGGGUUUACUUUUGUGUUCUACGUGUUACUAAAUAUCAUUGUGACAGAAGACCAACUCCAUGAGUUGACCUGACUUGAUGGAGUUUAUUUUAACCAUAUUGGGGAAUUUCAAUGCAGAGACUGAUGAUUUGGGUUGGGAGGGGUAAUAGCAGUUCUUUUAAAAAAGAAAACCAAAACAGCUAGCUCAAGAAAAAGCACAACUAGGAUGGGUCACAACCCUCUUCUGGAAUGUGGGUGGAUCAUUUUAAAAUAGAGAUUAAAAUAUUUAAGUUUAUUCUAGUUGGUUAAGUUUUCCUGGUUUUGGAAAACCCAGGUCCUGGAGGAGGUGACAACUGCAGAGCCCAGUAGGUGGGUCCUUGCACCUGAAUUUUCUGACCUCAGUGUCUCUGUCUCUCUCUUCUCUCCCUCCACCCCUUCAACAUCAGGGCCAUGGAGAUGGAGCACUUGUGCUAUGUGAUUCCAUUCAUCCUUUCAUGCCUAUCCUGUUCUUUCUUCUGAUUGCUGUAACCUCACUGUUCUGUUCAUGUUCCAGUUGCACUAUGGCAGACUCCCUGUUAUUGUUGCAUUGGGUGUGUCUAUCAUAUUUGUGAUAUUUGGCUACUUUCACAUAGCAGAAUAGAGCAAAGCAGGGCUUUGGAAAUUGGGCCAGACAAUUUCAGUCCAAACAGCCUGGUCACUAAUUUUAGAUCUAAUUUCAUUGCUAUGUACAUCAAUAGCACUUUCAUCAGUUUAAUUAGACUCAGCGUAAUUUUGUACUUUGAGUCUAGCAUCCUAUCUGAUAUAAUUGUCAAGGAUGCCAUUAAUGGGCUAUCAUUACUGAAGGGAGAAGUGGGGGUACAAAUUGGAUGCCAUUUAUGGGCUAUCACUACUUGGGAGUGUAAUAGCUGCCAUUUUAAUCUGCUACAGUCCUUUUGGUGAAAGAACUCUCAUAGCCCUGGGAAGUGAUGAGAUCCAGAAUUUAAAACCUUUGAUUAUGAAGGAAUGAUGAUGCUUACUCAAAUGGGGAAGAUCUGCGAUUGGGAGGGAACAUAGAAGGACAAGAUGGCAAUUGUGUUGAAGCUCACUGAUCUAGGUAUUUGUUCCAUUCCAUCUGAGUGAGGGGUGUAGACAUGAAGGAAGUUCAUGGUUAGCUAAGUUUUUAUAUGUCCAAAUGUUGAAAUGUGGUGAUGGUUGUAGGGUGGGGCGAGGUGAAAAGGAAUGUCUGUAAAUUGGACUUCCCAUGUUUGUGUUGCACUUUGUUUUAUAGGUUAUUUUCACCCCUUCCCCAUCCCACCACCCACAUGAAAAUCAGGCUAGGGACCUAUAAGGGGAGAGUGGGUAGAAUGUGAUGCAGCAGGUCUGGAGCAAUGCCCUUUGAAUAAAGUGCUUUGUGAACCAAGUGGUUGUCAUUGUCCAAGUAUAUGAAAAGCAAGUUUAUGAAUUGUUUGAAGAAAAAAAACCACAAAAAAGCCCACACUUUAUUCUACUAAUGGGUAUUAUAUACCAGGCCUAUACCAUUAGCUUUACCUGCGGGGAUAUCUAACAUCCAAAUAAUCACGUGACUGUUGUGGAGUUUAUAGUUGGAGAUGCUUUCCUGAGGUUUCACCAGGAUAGUGUGGUUUAACAGCCAAUUCAAGCUGCCUUUGUUCCCUGUGGCCCGUAUCUUCCAACUGAAUGGAGAGAAAGAACUGGUUAAUAAAAAUGAGAGGGAGGCAGCAAAAAUCACAACCUUUCCCAAGUCCCAGUGAUUUAAUUAUUUCCAUGGGUGUUGUUCACAGCACUAAAUGUAGCAAUCUGUGGGCUGUUCCAAAGGAUUAGCAAGCUCAUCUGCAGCUGGAUCCUCUAGUAAACUAAACACCCCUUACAAUUGCCUUAAGCUUCCCUUGGCAUCCCAGGUGUUAACUUCAAUACCAUGCCUGUAUGUUUCUAUUGGGGGAAAAAAUCAUGAGAACAAUAUUACAAAUCUAUGCACCUUACACAUACAGAUAAAUAUAAAGCUCUAUGUAAUUAUGCCAUAUUGCUGAAUAAUGUUAAAAGUUUGUAAGAAAAACUUAGUUUUGAAGCUUAUGUAU